AAUUAAGCUACGACAUACAUUCAAUAUUCCAGUUGAAAUAGUUUCGCUAUAUCCUUCGCACGGACAUGAGCAUUGAUAUUUUACGCUCCACUAAAAAACGCGAUAAUUUCACCCAUCAGGAAAGUUGGUUGAAUGAGACUUAUUUUUGUACAUUUCGAACGAUAAUACGAUUGUCCAGCAACAUCAACAUAAUUUGGUGAAUGGAACUGUAGAUAUGGGUUGUGGUGUGUCUCGAAGUGAGAAAAAUCCAGUCGACGAGGUGCCAGAACAUUUAUUAGCUACACAAAUGGCCAUGAACGGCAUGAAGACGUCCGAAACAGUAUACCAAGCAUUUAAACGAUUAGAUCAACAAAUAUGUAAAUUAGAAGCGAUGUGUCCAGGUCCACGCUUGACAACAGUGGACGCAUGGAUCGAAUUUUUAGAGUCCGAUCAGCACAAGCAAUUGAUUAGAAGUCAGCCAUUUUUACAAAAUCCAAAUGAUCCGUUGGAUUUUCGAGAAAAUUUAGUCAAAAUGGAAAAGUCUAACAUUCAUAAGCUAGCCAUUCAGUGUGAUAUAGCGUUUAAUAUUGAAAAAGCUGCGAAAAAUGAAGAGUUCCUAGCGAGUGUUAGCAAAACCUAUCUUGAAAAUAUCGAAGCAGAGCUAUUGAAUGAUAUUAUUGAACAUGGAAGAUCUAGAUCUAAAGCAUUGACAGAAAGUUACAACACUUUACGCUUAUUGUACGCAGAGCAGGAUGGUCUAUUAGCAACAGUAUCUGGAGGAACGUAUACUUCUAAAACUGAACAGCGACUGGAUGAUCAAGUGGAAGUAGCACGUCAAAUCAGAGACAAACUAUCUGCUGUUGCAGAGCAGUGGAACACAUCAGCUAAUUUGUUGAAAACAAGUGCCAAAAGUGCUAUUUUAGCGGCAGAGUGUUGGAAUUUAGUGCAACCAUCUCGCAAUCCAAACGAGAGGAUAUCCCAAGCGCUUGACUGUCGUAAUCAAGUUGUUCAAUCGACCGUAGCUCUAGAAUAUUCGCAGAAAGCCCUACCUCAUGUGGAAUUCAAGCAUGUCACACCAAGACAAAUAUCGGCAAUUAAGCAUGCGAAUUUGUACUUGCUCACAGAUCUAGCAAAUCCGGUUCGUUACAGUCACACCAAACGGGUGCUGGACGCGUUUCAAAAUAAUGUUAAUUUGGCCGUAACUUGGUUGUUUGAUACGUUCAAUAAAUCGCUGAGACAAGACUUACAUCAUUCCGAAGACAAUGUCAUUUCGUUGGCAAAGCAACUGCGUAACGAGAGAUUGGAGUAUAUUGCUCGGACAAUUGGAACUAAUUUGUAUGUACCAGCUGUGGCCACGUCGAAGUAAAUUGGACAAAUUGGUCUUGUGCGUAAUACUGUUUUUAUGUGUAAAUAUAGAGAUUGGGAAAUCAAA